AAGUUUUUUUUCUACAAUUUCAGGAAUAAAGAUGGAGAGUCCCUAUGCAUGCAAUAUUUGAGUUCAAGAGACUGGAAACAGCGAAAGUGUGAGCUUCAUUCAGAAUGUCUGAUUCUGAGCAUACCAGUCUCAUGCCUGAAACACAGGGAACCGGAGCUGGUCAAGGGGGAACCAGUCGCAAGAAGCCACCACCUCCUGAUUGGGGAAAGUAUGGAUUGAGCCAGGAACCAGCAAAAGUUCCAUACAGUGCAAAUGUUGACACUGGAGGGUACCAGCACACAGAUCUGGGAAAUAAAAAUGAACUCUUCCAGGAAGAUCAGAAUCUAACACAGAAGAUGUGGUGGAAAGCGCAUUUCUUCAUCAGUGAGCCAGUAUUAUUUGGCACAUGGGACGGGGUGUUCACAUCGUGCAUGAUCAACUUGUUGGGUGUCGUCAUCUUCCUUAGAAUGGGCUGGAUUGUGGGAAAUGCUGGGAUCAGCUUAACCAUCCUGACAAUCAUUCUGGCUGUACUUGUGGUUCUUAUAGUGGCCCUGAGUGGUAUAGGGGUGUGUGAGAGGUGUAAGGUGGAGAGUGGAGGGGUAUACUUUCUCAUAUCUCAUGUGCUGGGGUCCAGAAUAGGGGGCAGUGUUGGAGUGGUCUACUGUUUUGCUCAGGCAGUUACCUGUUCCCUGUCAGUGAUGGGUUUUGGAGAAUCAAUCAUGGGUCUUACUGGCAUAGACAAUCCUUGGAUUGCUAAAGGUGUUGCCAUUGCACUUGUCAUUCUUCUUCUCGGUAUCAAUAUAGCGGGAGUGAAAUGGGUGAUCCGGCUCCAGUUAGUUCUUUUGUUCAUUUUGUUUCUGUCUGUCAUGGAUUUCUUUGUUGGUUCCUUUGUUCAUACAGACUAUGAGCAUGGUGUGACAGGAUACCAAGAAUUCAACCUACACAACAACUCUGGUCCAGCCUACCUACCUGGCGAGACAUUUUUCUCCAUAUUUGGACUUUUCUUCUCCACGGUUACCGGAAUUCUUGCAGGCAUCAACAUGAGUGGAGAUUUGAGGGAACCAUUUGUCAAUAUACCAAGAGGAACUUUAUCAGCUCUUGGUGUAUCGACAUUUCUCUAUAUAUCAUUUACCUUGGUGAUAGGCGCCACUUGUUCACGAAGUUAUUUACAGAAGGACUACAUGAUAGCAGAACAGAUAUCAGUAGUGGGUGUGCUGUGGCUGGCUGGGUUGUAUAUAUCAUCUGUAUCAGCGUGUAUGGGAAGUUUGUAUGGACCGCCGAGAAUACUUCAAACCAUUGCUAAUGAAAACGUUAUACCUAUCAUUAGAGUUCUAGGACAUGGUAGAGGCCCUAACAAAGUACCAAUAUAUUCCCUAGUGCUUAUAACACUGGUUGUUCUGCUGUUCGUUCUAGUUGGAGAUGUGAACACGUUAGCUCCUAUUGUUACCACAGCAUUCAUGAUGUCAUACGCUGCUGUUAAUUAUGCUUAUUUUGCUCUUGCCAUGAGUUAUGAUCGUCGACAAGCGCGUGAUUUAAGAUUUGGUGUUCAGGAUAAAUCUCGUAGUAAAAGUGCAGACAUUAGCGGCUAUGGUGCCACAAGUGUGUCAGAAAAGACUUAUAAAGAUUCUUUCCAGACUAUACGAACUGAUUUAGAUAAAUUAUUUCCUGAGAGAUUAACCCACAGGGGUCAACAUCAUUUAGUGCACCAACAGGGUAAAGAGUCUGGAGGUCAGAUGUCGCCAACGGAGCCGGAUUUUGAUGCCACCAAGAGGUCUAAAUCUCUAGAUAAUGUAUCAGAGGUCAGUGAUGCCUCACAAGUGCUCCUAGGAAAGGAAGGAGAUCCUAGACAACCACCUAAUAUGGAGAUAACCAAACAGCCAAGGUCCUGGUACUCAUUCUUCUGUAACAGAUGGCUCUCUUUAUUUGGGACCCUGGUGUGUGGUGUUAUAAUGUUUGGAACACAGUGGAUAUAUGCUCUUGUUGAAGUAAUAGCAGCUGUCAUUGUAUACAUCUACAUAGGACAGGCUAAUCCAGGCUAUUUUCCAGGGAUAGCAGAGUUUAAUUUCUAUAAUUGGGUGAAAUCAGGGUUACAGAGAUGUAUUAGCGGACAAGGAAGCCAUGAGGAAGUUGUUGUUGCACCAACAACUCCUGCAGUUACCACCCUUGCAGCACAACUUACAGAGGACAAUGAAGAUUUUGCUGGUAGAGGGCGCUAUCAUCAGUCUGAAGUUGUCCAGGGAGAGAACUUUGAUGAUUAUGAUGAUGACAGUGAGAGCUAGUGUUCCUAAUCCACUAUAUAUUUUAUCGUGUUCGUUUAGUCUGGCAAUUUAAAAGUUGAUUUUAUUCCAAGCAAAAGUAGUUUUUAUCAAAUUUUAGAUAGAAUCAUUGUUGUAAGGCCAGUUAAUUUAGUAUGUGUGUUUAGAUAGAUAUAAAAACAAUGAGGCAUAUAAGUAAAUGCCUGUUUAGCAUCUUAGUACAAAAUACAUGAGAGAGAGUAAGUUGUUAAGCCCAUUGAAAUGAAUAAGGAAUAUGUGGUUUUGCUGAUCUUGGUCAGUAGAUGGUAGACCAGUGGGUCUCUAGUCAAUAGCUAGGGAACACUACGACUUUCAGUGAUUGGACUUCUUAGGAUGAUUGCCAAGAAAACCAUACUAUUUUAAGGGGUCUGUAGAUCAAAGGGCAAUGCAUCUAUGAGACUGGAUAUGGUUUCUGAUCAUUGAAUGUCUGGGCCUAGGACUGUCAAUUAGUAGAUGACCUCUAUUGUUUUAGGGAUCAGCAUAUAAAAGGUCAGCAUUACCAAAAAUUGAUGGCUGGCAAACUGUCAGGCUUACAACAGUCAGGCUUCAUAACAUGUCUGUCAGUGGUCAGUAAAUGUCCUUAUAUUUUAGUGGUUAUUAUGCCAAAGGUCAAGGUCACAGCAUACUUCAUACUUCAGACUUAAAGUUACACACCCUGUUACAUGUACCUUCAACAGGCUAUCAUGGGAGGGGGGACGGCAUACGUAUUUAACAAACAUCUUUUGUUUAUAUUUAAGACUUUUCCUACUGUGAGAAAUCAUAUUAAAUAAGAUUGGUGUGGUUAUUUCUGUACAUAUUUUUUAAAAUAUCAGAAUCAGACUCUUGAACCUUCAUUCAAAUGAAAAGAAACUAGUCGAAAGUAUAAAAUCAGAAAAAAUGUCAUGUAAUACAUUGUAAAGAAAUGAACUGUUGUAGAAAAUAUUGUUACUUCACACUUAGAUAAAGACUGUGGUUAUAUAACCUUUAUAUACUAAAAGCAUCACAUAUAAAAUUGUUUUUAUACCCUCACGAAAUGAAGUUUGUGGUGGGGGAGGGUGUGGUGUAUAUGGGAAUGAGCUUGUCGGUCGGUCAGCCUGGUGGUCUUCAUGGUUUCCGGACAAUAACUCAGAUUUAAAACGUUUCUGGUACACAGGUGUAACAUCAUAAAAUACAGGUCAAGUUUGUCUUUGAGGUCAGUAGGUCAAAGGUCAAGGUCACAAGGACCCAGUUCAGUUAAGCUGUUUCCAGAUGAUAACUUGGGAACGCUUGAACCUGGGUUGAUUAAAGUUCAUAGGGAGGUUGGUCAUGACCAGCGGAUAAUCCCUAAUGAUUUUGAGGUCAGUAGGUCAAAGGCCAAGGUCCGUUUGGUGGGGUGUAUAAUUUGUCACUCUAGUUUAUUUUUGUCAAAGUAGAAUACCAGUUUUCCUUUAUUUAAAUGUUU